AUGUGCAAUUCUUAUAUAAGAGACUUGAAAGUUGCCCUAGACAAAGUGCCUGAGACUUCUGACACAUUCAAAGUAGUCAUCAAUGCCGAGAACAAGCCGCAAGAAGGCCACAGAGGUUUCAAUGCUCCUACUUUAAACGAAAUGGCCUUAGUAAUAGUUUGCCAACAAUUCGAGAAACGUGACAUUGUCCUUGAGAGCCACGAUAACAAAAUGCAGCGCAUUAGCGAGAUCCACCGUUCGUACAAUGCCCUACAGUAUCCGCUUUUGUUUAGUCGUGGCCAAGAUGUAUACCCCAUUUCUUUACCUCAACGUGAUCCCGAGACCAAAACAAUACUCACAAAGACAGUCUCCGCAGCGAGUUUCUAUUCUUAUCGUAUCAUGAUUAGACUCGGCGAAGAUAAUCACCUGGUGUAUUUCCGUUCACUCUUUAGUCAGUUCUUGGUUGAUAUGUACGUCAAAAUAGAAUCGGAAAGGUUGGCCUACAUCAGGAACAACCAGGCGCAACUAAGAGCUGACAGCUACAUACACUUACAGGAUUCUAUAGGGAGACAAGAUGUUGAUGGUGAGCAGCUGGGUCAAAAGGUGGUGCUUCCAUCAUCUUUUACUGGCGGACCCCGCUAUAUGCAUGAGCAUACUCAAGACGUUAUGACGUACGUGCGUCAAUAUGGCUGCCCUGACCUCUUUAUCAUGUUUAUGUGUAAUCCGCUUUGGCAAAACAUUACAAAUGUACUUUUACCUGGCCAAAAGCCACACGAUCGACAUGACAUCACAGCCAGGGUAUUCUACCUAAAGGGGAAAAAGAUGAUGGCUCUUAUAAAUAAAGGCUGUCUGUUUGGGGAAAUGCGUUGCUUUAUAUACUCAGUGGAGUGGCAAAAACUAGGUCUUCCUCACAUUCCCAUCUUGCUACGGUUUGAGCAACAUAUUACCCCAGACAAAAUCGACAAUGUAAUCUGUGCAGAAAUACCUAACCCUGAGCAAGACCCUCUUCUCUACGAUAUUGUGAAGGCCAACAUGAUACAUGGCCCUUGCGGUAGCUUAAACUACAAAUCUCCCUGUAUGAAAGCUGCAGUAAGAAAUAUCCAUCACCACUUCUUAAGGACACCCAAACAGGAGACAAUAUAG